CCCUCGCCGCUAGCUCCAGCAGCGCCGCCGCGGGAGGCGGUGGUGCGGAGUGGAGGGGGACGCCGCGGAGGGACGACGAUGCAGCUGCGGAUCUCGCCGAGCAUGAGGAGCAUCACGAUAUCCAGCAGCAAUGGGGUGGUCGACUCCAUGAAGGUCCGCGUCGCGGCCCCGCAGGGGGCGGCGCCGCACCACCACCACCACCUCCACCACCAGCGCCACGUCUCCUACCGCACCCUCUUCCACACCGUCCUCGCCCUCGCCUUCCUCCUCCCCUUCGUCUUCAUCCUCACCGCCCUCGUCACCCUCGAGGGCAUCAACAAUUGCUCCUCCCUCGAUUGUUUGGGAAGGAGGCUAGGACCGAGGUUCCUUGGAAGGCGGGGUGACGAUUCUACGAGGCUAGUAAAAGACCUGUACAAGAUACUGAACAAAGUCAAUUCUGAAGAACUUCCAGUCGGAGGGAAGUUGCCUGAAUCUUUCAGCGAGUUUCUUUUGGAUAUAAGGAAUAAUCAUUACGAUGCCCGAACAUUUGCUAUCAGGUUAAAAGCCACGAUGGAAAGUAUGAACAGGGAAAUAAAAAAGUCCAGGCUGGCAGAACAAUUGAACAAACAUUAUGCUGCAAAUGCCAUACCGAAAGGUCUUCACUGUCUCUCUUUGCGUCUGACCGAUGAGUAUUCCUCCAAUGCGCACGCAAGGAAACAGUUGCCACCUCCUGAACUGCUACCUGUGCUCUCGGAUAACUCUUACCAACAUUAUAUCCUAGCCAGUGAUAAUAUUCUUGCAGCUUCAGUUGUGGUAAACUCAGCAGUCAAAUCUUCAUCGAAACCUGAGAGAAUUGUCUUCCACGUCAUCACCGAUAAAAAGACUUACCCAGGGCUGCAUUCAUGGUUCGCAUUGAAUCCUGUUUCGCCUGCUAUAAUUGAAGUUAAAAGCGUUCACCAGUUUGAUUGGCUGACGAGAGAAAAUGUGCCAGUUCUUGAAGCUUUAGAAAGCCACCAUGGAGUUAGGUAUCAUUAUCAUGGAGAUCAUGGUAGAGGGACCAUUGCAACUGACAAUCCAAGGGCUUUCGCUUCAAAGCUGCAGGCACGGAGUCCUAAGUACAUAUCCCUACUGAACCAUCUCCGCAUAUAUCUCCCAGAGCUUUUCCCGAACCUCAACAAGGUGGUGUUUCUUGAUGAUGACAUUGUUAUUCAGCGCGAUCUGUCGCCUUUGUGGGAGAUCGAUCUAAAAGGAAAGGUAAAUGGAGCUGUAGAAACUUGUAGAGGUGAAGACAAGUGGGUAAUGUCUAAGCGCUUCAGGACUUAUUUCAACUUCUCUCAUCCCUUGAUAGUCAACAAUCUGGACCCAGAUGAAUGUGCAUGGGCUUAUGGGAUGAAUAUCUUUGACUUGGCUGCCUGGAGGAAGACGAACAUCAGAGAGACCUAUCAUUACUGGCUGAAGGAGAAUCUAAAGUCCGGUCUAACUCUGUGGAAGUUCGGAACAUUGCCACCAGCUUUGAUAGCCUUCAGGGGUCACGUGCGCGCCAUCGACCCAUCAUGGCACAUGCUCGGGUUAGGAUAUCAAGAAAAGACCGAUCUCAACAGUGUUAGGACGGCUGCCGUAAUCCACUUCAAUGGGCAGUCCAAGCCAUGGCUAGAAAUCGGCUUUAAGCACCUUCAACCCCUUUGGACGAGGCAUGUUAACUACUCCAACGACUUCAUAAAGACCUGUCAUAUUUUGGGACCACAAGAAGAGAUCAGAAGAUCAAAGAAAUGAAAGUCAGGAUUCUAAAAUAGUGGCAGAAAUGAAAGUACGUACUGCAGCUCGAGACAUAAUUGAGACUCUCGAUCCACAUUAAAAACACGACGAACAGCGUAGCUGCUGACACGAGAAAUUCUUUUCAUCUGUAACAUAUUGGUCCAUAAAUUUGGUCAUUGUUUUCGAAAAUACUCAUUCAUAGUUUUUCCUUGAGAGUAACAAGAGCAGCUAAUGGAAAACACUACGAAGUAUUCGGUGGACGGGGUAGCAGAAUGCUGUGAUUACUCAUCCAGAAGCAAGGAGCCAUUGAAUUCACCGAUUGAAUUUGUUCGUGUAUUGGGAUAAGAAGAUUCUUCGGUUCUUUUUUAAAAUUUUUCUUUUUCCUUCCUUUCCAUCCUUUUCUCUCCUCUUUCUAUAUGUUUUGUCCUCAAUUUUGUCGCAUUUCGGUUUUGUAUCCUGAUUCUUAGGUUCGAGGAUUUUAUUGUGGUAGCCUAUCAUUGGAUUGUGAGGGAUAUAUAAAGGAUGUUCAUGAGAUAUUUGAAAUGUGCAGAUUAAUUCUUUCAGUUGAAUCCUGAUUUAGUAA